AUGGAAAAAUUCCUUCAUGUCUUGGAAAUAAGCUCUCUCUCUGUUUUAGAUUUGCAUACGAAUAAUCUUAGGGGAGAAAUUCCUCGUGACAUGUUUGAAAAGUUAACUAAGCUGAGGAGUUUGCACCUUAGUAACAAUCAUCUAGGUGGACCCCUGCUAAGUUUUCUGCAUAGUUGCCAAAGCUUAGAAGUUUUAGACGUGGGAAAUAACAAGAUAAACGAUUCCUUCCCUCGUUGGUUGGAAGAUCUUGCAAUGCUUCGAGUUCUUGUUUUGAAAUCCAAUAGAUUCCAUGGUUUCAUAAGGCCACCUAAGGUUGAACAUCCCUUUCAGAAGUUGCAAAUCAUGGAUCUCUCUAACAAUGAAUUCAAUGGUCUCUUACCAACAAAGCAUUUCGAGAGUUUCACGUCUAUGAUGGAUGAACACUCCAUUAGAAACUUGACAUACAUUGGUGACCACAACUACUACCAAGAUUCAAUCAUUUUGGUAGUGAAAGGCAACAAACUUGUACUGGAAAAAGUCAUAAGUAUCUUCGUAGCAAUCGAUUUCUCGAGAAAUAAUUUUGAAGGAGAGAUUCCAGGGUCGAUUGGAGAGCUAAAAUCACUUAAAGGGCUCAACUUUUCUCGAAAUAAGCUCCAGGGAUCCAUUUCAGUGGAGCUGAUAAAACUAAGUAAUCUUGAAUGGUUAGAUCUCUCUUCAAAUGGGCUUGUGGGAGUUAUUCCUACUAAAAUGGCGGUUCUAACACAACUGUCAAACUUAAACCUUUCGCACAACAAAUUAGUGGGAGAAAUACCUCGUGGGAACCAGUUCGAUACAUUCAACAAAGAUUCAUACAGUGGGAACUUGGAACUAUGUGGACCUCCAGUGUCUAAAUCAUGCACCAGUGGAGAGACACAACCAGAUGAUGAUUGUAAUGACCCACUACUCUAG